AUGGGAUUUUUUUCUUGGUCACUACAAGAAGGGUCUGAGGUGUUUCAAAUGUUGAGAAGCAAAGGAUUUAGUGUUUCGAUAAAUGCUUGUAAUAGUCUUCUUGGAGGGCUUGUGAAGGUUGGGUGGGCUUGGGAAGUAUAUUGGGAAGUUGUUAGAAGUGGGAUUGAUUUGAAUGUCUAUACACUUAACAUCAUGGUCAAUGCGCUGUGUAAAGACGGCAAAGUCGAUCGCGUCAAGUUGUUCUUAUCGGACAUGGAAGAGAAAGGAAUUUUUCCGGAUAUCGUGACCUACAAUACAUUGAUCAAUGCCUAUUGUCGCCAAGGGCUUUUGGAAGAAGCUUUUCGUUUAGUAAACUUAAUGUCGUGUAAGGGGCUAAGACCUGGACUGUUUACUUACAAUACUAUAAUAAAUGGAUUGUGUAAGGCAGGAAAUUGCGCAAGAGCAAAGGAAGUCUUGGAUGAGAUGUUGUGGCUUGGGUUGAAUCCUGAUACUACUACAUACAAUGCAUUGCUUUCUGAGAGUUGUAGAACAAAUAAUAUUGUAGAGGCUGAGGCGAUUUUCCGUGAAAUGUCAAGUAGAGGUGUUUAUCAUGAUCUGAUUAGCUUUAGUGCGCUGAUUGGCAUGUUCGCAAGGAAUGGACAUGUUGACCGGGCUUUAGUGUAUUUUAAAAGUCUGAAAAGGGAAGGAUUGGUUCCAGACAAUGUGGUCUAUACCAUCCUUAUAGAUGGAUAUUGUAAAAAGGGUAUGAUGUCAGAGGCAUUAAAGAUGAGGGAUGAAAUGCUAGAGCAAGGUUGUGUUGUGGAUGUGGUUACAUACAACAGUAUUAUGAAUGGAUUGUGUAGAGACAUGAUGCUUGCUGAUGCAGACAUGCUGUUUAAUGAGAUGGUGGAAAGGGGUGUUGUUCCUGAUUUUUAUACUUUCACCACCAUUCACGGAUAUUGUAAGAAUGGGAAGAUGAGUAGAGCACUCGAUUUAUUCCGGACAAUGAUUGAAAGAAAUCUCAAGCCUGAUGUUGUGACAUACAAUACGUUGAUUGAUGGGUUUUGCAAAGCAGGUGAAAUAGAGAAAGCUAAGGAGUUAUGGGGAGAUAUGAUCUCUAGAAAUAUAUUUCCUAAUCACGUUUCAUAUUGCAUUCUAAUAAAUGGGUUCUGUAGCAUGGGACAUGUAUCCGAGGCAUUCAGAUUGUGGGACCAGAUGGUGGAAGAUGGCAUAAAUCCUACUCUUGUGACUUGUAACACGGUCAUAAAGGGUUACUGCCGAUCUGGCGAUGCUGCAAAGGCAGAUGAAUUCUUGGGCAAAAUGAUUUCUCGAGGAGUUGUUCCUGACAGCAUUACAUACAACACUUUGAUCAACGGAUUUAUUGGAGAAGAUAAUCUGGACAAAGCUUUUGUUUGCAUUAGUAACAUGGAAGAUCGAGGGUUGGUGCCGGAUGUUAUUACUUACAAUGUAAUUCUAAAUGGGUUCUCUAAACAGGGUAGAAUGCAAGAGGCCGAGCUAGUACUUCGGAGGAUGAUUAAAAGAGGUGUAAAUCCUGAUAGAUCUACUUAUACAUCAUUGAUAAAUGGACAUGUAUCCCAGGACAACUUGAAGGAAGCAUUUCGUUUCCAUGAUGAAAUGCUGCAAAGGGGGUUUAUACCGGAUGAUAAAUUUUAACUUUCUGCUUUUGUGGCUGAAGGAAUUUUGAAGAAAAUGCUGCA